AUGACAAUAAAAAAUAAGCUCACUAUAUGCAUUGAUCGAGGAGGUACUUUUACAGAUUGUAUUGGUUUUUUGGGUAAACCAGAGGAUGAUGAUUAUAAGGAAUUUGUGAUCAAGUUAUUAUCCGAGGAUCCUUCCAACUAUAAAGAUGCUCCAACAGAAGGAAUAAGAAGAAUAGUUGAAUUGGCAACUGGAGAGAAGAUUCCCAGAUCUCAACCAGUUCCAACCAGAUUCAUCGAAAGCGUACGCAUGGGAACUACAGUUGCUACAAACGCAUUACUCGAAAGAAAAGGAGAAAAGAACGCAUUGUUGAUUACUAAAGGAUUCAAGGAUCUUUUGACUAUUGGAAAUCAGUCAAGACCCAAAAUCUUUGAUCUUUGUAUUAAUAAGCCAGAUGUACUCUAUGAAAAGGUUAUUGAGGUUGAUGAACGUAUCGUCUUGGUGAAUUCCGCUGUCUCGGAGAAUCAGAUCAAGCCAGCUCAAGAGGAUGAGUUUAUAAAAAAAGGCAUAACUGACGAAUGGGUAAAAGUUCUCAAGAAGCCAGAUCUAACUAAGACCAAGCAACAACUUCAACAGUUAUAUGACGAAGGCUACCAGAGUAUAUCUAUUUGUUUAAUGCAUGCAUAUAUUUAUCCUGAGCAUGAGAAUCAAAUUGGCAAGUUAGCCGAGAGCAUAGGUUUCUCUCAUAUCUCACUUUCAAAUCAAGUGAUGCCCAUGGUAAAGAUUGUACCUAGAGGAACAUCUGCCACAGCGGAUGCUUACUUGACACCAUGUAUUCAGAAGUAUAUCCAGAGCUUUGUCAGCGGUUUUGAUGAUGGAUUCCAAAAGGGUACUACUCAGCUACAGUUCAUGCAGAGUGACGGUGGAUUAGUGCCAGUAAGUCACUUCUCAGGAUUCAAGGCUAUACUAUCUGGCCCUGCUGGUGGCGUUGUUGGAUAUGCAUUAACGUCAUACAAUGAUGUACCAGUCAUUGGUUUUGAUAUGGGUGGGACAAGUACAGAUGUCUCACGCUAUAAUGGUUACUUUGAUCAUGUAUUUGAGACAACGACAGCUGGUGUAACGAUCCAAGCACCUCAGCUAGAUAUUCAUACCGUUGCCGCUGGUGGUGGGUCUAUGUUAUUCUUCAAGAAUGGCAUGUUUGUUGUUGGACCAGAGAGUGCAGGUGCUCAUCCUGGACCAGCCUGCUACAGAAAAGGGGGACCAUUAGCAGUUUCUGACGCAAAUUUAUUCUUGGGUCGUCUUUUACCAGACUACUUUCCAAAGAUAUUUGGUCCUAACGAAGAUCAACCUCUCGACAGGCAAGUGGUUGAAGAAAAGUUUAAAGAAUUAGCAAAAAAUAUCAAUACGUCAACGGGAGAAGAUAAAUCGCUUGAUGAGAUUGUAUAUGGAUUCAUUAAAGUAGCAAAUGAAACAAUGUGUAGACCUAUUCGUGCAUUAACUGAAGCAAAAGGUCAUGAUACCAGCCAGCAUGCGUUAGCUGUGUUCGGUGGUGCAGGAGGACAGCACGCAUGUGGGAUUGCUCGUAACCUUGGUAUUAGUAAAAUUAUCAUGUACCGACAUAGCUCUAUUCUUUCCGCUUUUGGACUUGCCCUUGCUGAUGUUGUUCACGAAGUGCAAGAGCCUUCUGCUCAAGUAUUCAGUAAGGAUACUCUUUCGCGUAUCCAAGGACGCGUAAGUGAAUUGAAAAAGACAUGUAAAGAGGAGCUUUCCAAACAAGGGUUUCGUAAUCAAGACAUUGACCUGGAAGUUUACCUUAACCUUCGCUAUGAAGGUACGGAUUGCGCUUUGAUGACACUUCAGCCUUCUGAAUCAAGUUGGGACUUUGAGAAUGCAUUCUGCGAGUUGUACAAACAAGAAUUUGGCUUCUUGCUCAAAGAUCGUGACAUUUUGGUAGAUGACAUUCGUAUUCGUGGAAUUGGCAAGACAAUGCGUCAUAAAGACCUCACGCCUGACAGAGAAGCCCAGGAAUUAUAUGCUUCAAAUCAGAUACGACAAAUAGAUAGCAGUAAGGCGGAUUCUUUUACUUCCGCAUACUUUGAAGAAGGAGGGCGAAAUGGUCAUGUUCCUGUCUACCGUCUGAGUCAUUUUGCUCCGGGUUCAAUUGUAAAUGGUCCAGCCAUCAUUAUAGAUGCUACAUCUACAGUCGUGAUCGAACCGUCUUGCUCUGCUUUGAUUACUUCUAACCAUCUCACGAUCACAAUCGGUAAAGGAGAAAGAAAGAAGGUGACAACAGAAAUGGAACCAAUUCAGCUAUCUAUCUUUUCUCAUCGAUUCAUGAGCAUUGCUGAACAAAUGGGUCAUACUCUUCAAAAGACAGCUAUAUCUACAAAUAUCAAAGAACGACUUGACUUUUCUUGCGCCUUAUUUGGUGCUGAUGGUGGACUCGUUGCUAAUGCCCCACAUAUUCCUGUGCAUCUAGGUUCGCUAAGUCAUGCAGUAAUAUAUCAAUUAAACUAUUAUAAGGAUGACUUGCAUGAGGGUGAUGUUAUCAUGACGAAUCACCCUGCAGCUGGUGGCUCACAUUUACCAGAUAUUACUAUAAUCACGCCUGUGUUCAAUGAUGGUAAAAUUGUCUUCUUUGUCGCAUCAAGAGGACAUCAUGCGGAUAUUGGCGGAAUAUCACCUGGCUCUAUGCCGCCUCAUUCUAAAGAAUUGUUCCAAGAGGGUGCUGCAAUCAAGUCGUUCAAGAUUGUUUCCAAAGGUCACUUUGAUCAAAAGGGUCUUGAGGAGCAUUUGUGUGUUAUCCCUGCAUCAUAUCCAGGCUGUUCUGGUUCACGUGCAUUCAAAGACAAUUUGUCUGACUUGAAGGCACAGAUUGCUGCUAAUCAAAAGGGUAUCACCUUGGUCAAUGCGUUGAUUGAAGAAUACUCUCUUGAGGUUGUACAGGCAUACAUGAUGCAUAUUCGUCGUAACGCAGCGAAUGCUGUUAGACAGUUAUUAAAGGGGGUUGCUAAAAAUAAUUCUUACAAGGAUUUGGCGGCAGUUGACUAUAUGGAUGACGGUACACCCAUUCAUUUGCGAGUAUCGAUUGAUCAUGAAAAAGGCGCUGCCUUGUUUGACUUUGAAGGCACUGGUCCUGAAGUUUAUGGUAAUACCAACACACCUGAAAGCGUGUGUUAUUCUGCCAUCAUAUACUGCCUUCGCUGUCUUGUAAAUCAAGAUAUACCUUUGAAUGCAGGCUGUUUGGAGCCCAUCGCUAUCAAGAUCCCUCCUCGUUCUAUCUUGAGCCCUUCAGAAAAGACCGCGGUGGUCGGUGGUAAUGUACUUACAAGUCAACGUUUGGUCGAUGUUGUCUUGAGAGCCUUUGAAGCCUGUGCUGCUAGUCAAGGUUGUUGUAAUAACUUGACAUUUGGUAAGGGCGGUAAAAAUAAGGAAACUGGAGAGGUAAAGGCUGGCUGGGGCUACUAUGAAACUAUUGCUGGCGGUAGUGGUGCUGGCCCAACUUGGAAUGGGCAAAGUGGUGUCCACACGCAUAUGACAAAUACUCGUAUUACGGAUCCUGAGAUUCUUGAACGUCGUUACCCUGUUAUUCUGCACACUUUUGGUAUUCGUCCAAACUCUGGUGGUGAUGGUCAUUUCCGUGGCGGCGAUGGUGUUAUACGUGAAAUUGAAUUCUUGGAAGAUGAUAUUCAAGUUUCCAUUUUAUCCGAGCGCCGAGUAUUCCGACCCUAUGGUCUAAAUGGCGGUAAAGACGCAGAAAAAGGAAUCAAUCUCUGGGUUCGCUAUGAAAAGCAAGAGAUUACACAAACACUGAAUUUGACAGGAAAGAACUCUGCACUCUUUUCACGCGGUGAUCGUAUUGUCAUCCUUACGCCAGGAGGAGGUGGCUAUGGUCAAAAAGAAGGCAACUAG